AUGGAAACCGGAUCUGCCAAAGGAGUCCUGGGAUGUCUGAGUUUCCUGGAGACACAGAGACAGAAGAGCAGAGAGCAGCCUCCGAGCCGAGUCCAGGAGCUCAGAGACCGAGUAGAAGAACUGAAGAAGAAGAGAGAGAGACUGAGACACCAGAUACAAGUGCACCAGGUGGGACACAGAGGCUUUGGAGACACCAAGUGGGACACAGAGGCUUCAGAGACACCAGGUGGGACGCAGGCUUUAGAGAUACCAAGUGGGACACAGAGACACCAGGUGGGACACAAAGGCUUCAGAGACACCAGGUGGGACACAGAGGCUUUAGGGCUUUGGAGACACCAGGUGGGACACGAAGGCUUCAGAGUCACCAGUCCCAUGCACAGAGAAACCGCAGAGAAGGAGAAGUGCGACAUCACCUCAUGA